GCAAAACCCCGCCCUCAGCUCUUCUCUUUCUCAUUCACCACCUCUGCUGCUCUCUGUUUCCUUCUUCUCUACCAAGCUGGCCCUUUGUGCUUCUUCACCACCCAACUUCCGUCCUUCUUUUCUGGCUCCGGCCUGACACUCUUUACGCCCGGGUCUUUGGCUUGUUGAUAUCGUCACUCUGCCACUUUCUUGCUGACUCCUCGAGCCAGUGUACAGCUUGAAUCCUCAGCGCCAGUCGACCUGUCCGCUCCCUGCCCUGUACACUCCAGUCUUCACGGCUACGUUCAUUCAUUUGUGCAUACUGUGUUUUGCACCCCUUCGACUCUCCCCAUCAGCUUGUUGAACAAGCCUCGUCUAGUGCUUCGAGCAUUUCAGCACCCAUCGCUACCUUCCAAGCUCCCCGUUCACCAUGCUGUUUACCAAAACACCGGCCCUCCUGUUGGCCUUGGCCGCUGCUCGUUCUGCUGUUGCCCACACCGUCUUUACCCAUUUCUAUGUCAAUGGCGUCUCCCAAGGUGUUGGUGUUGCCAUGCGCAUGAAUAAGACGCCUGCGAAGGCGUCUUUCCCAGUCGAGAACUUGGCCAGUAGUGACAUGGCAUGCGGCUUCGAUGGUACCGAGGGUGUCUCCAGAGUCCAAUCUGUCAAAGACGGCUCCACUCUUACCUUUGAGUUCCAUUCAUGGCCCAAUGACUUUAGCAAGCAGUCUCUCGAUCCGGGUCACAAGGGUCCUUGCGCAGUCUAUCUCAAGAAAGUUAACUCUGCGGUUGAAGAUCCUGGUACCGGUGACGGAUGGUUCAAGAUCUUCGAUGAUGGCUACGAUUCUGCGAAGGACGAGUGGUGUACCGACCGUCUUAUCGCUAACAAUGGCCGCCUAUCUGUCAAGCUCCCAGACAACCUCAAGGGAGGUGACUACCUUGCUCGUCCCGAAAUCCUGGCUCUGCACGCUGCCGUUUCAGGCGAUCCACAGUUCUAUACUGGAUGUGCUCAGAUCUUCCUCGAAUCCAAAGGAACCUUGGUCCCGGAGAGCACUGUCUCUAUUCCUGGAUACGUGAAAGCGGGCGAGGAGAGCGUCAGCUUCAACAUUUACUACAAUCCCACAAACAAGCCCUACCCGGUUCCCGGACCUAAAGUGGCCAAGUUGAAGGCUGGUCCAUCUACUGGCGCAAUCGAGACCACCCAGAAAGACGGAGUCAAGCCCGCUGGUUGCAUCAUGGAGAAUGCCAACUGGUGCGGAUUUGAGGUCCCGUCCUAUACCGACGAGAAGGGCUGUUGGGCCUCAGCUCAAGAUUGCUGGAAUCAAGGUGAUAAGUGCUACAAACCCUACCCGCCCACUGGUGCGGCGGGCUGUGACCUUUGGGAGAAGAAGUGCCAAGCCAUCGACGACGCAUGCAAGAACAAGCAGUUCACGGGCCCACCUAACAAGGGCAAAGACCUCACGCCUCCUCAAACUUCUAUCGUCAUCGGGCUUGUUAUGCCUACCGAAGGCGCUGCCCAAGGAGGUGCCGACUCUCCCACGCCCUCGUCUGCCGUAGAGGUAGCCGCGAGCAGCGCUGGGUCUCCCAGCACAUUCGCCGUUAUCACCAGCGCUCCUGUCUACAGCAAGCCCGUUACGUUCAUCAGCAAGUCGAAGACCGCUUCCACCUCGAAAGAGGCAGUUGAGGCUCCAGCUCCAACGUACAACCCCUACCUCGCUACCGUCACUGAGACAGUUGUCAAGACGGAGGUGGAGUAUGUCACCUUGUAUAGCAAGCAGCGACGGGAUAGCCACGCCCGGAGGCAUGUGGCUGGCCUGGAUCGUUCAUCGUAAGCGUGGCAGUUGCCGAUGGUAGGAUGUAAAACCAGCGUGACGACACGCUCCUAUAGCCAGGUUCUAGAGCACUUUUAUUUCUUGUACUUCUAUUCCCCUUCGCUUCUACUCAAUAGCAGGCCUUCAGCCAUGUUAACGACCUAGGUUUGCCACUUCCCUUCCCUUCUUUGUGGUAUGGUAUUCCAAAAGCGGCAUUUACUUCAAUCUUCUCUUCUCUUAUCCACCCAACUUUCCUACGGAUAAUGGGUGUCUUUUGGGCGUGUCCAGCUUGGCGAGUGGUUGAUGGAAACUUGGACAGCAUAGCAGAACGAAAAUUAACGCUUUGACGCACGAGACACGACGUUUGAUCCAG